UCCUCACUUCGGUUGCUACUCGACCCAGCGUUUCAGCGUCGUGCAAAGACAGCAACAGCAGCCCAUUUUGCGUUCCAGUGACGGCCACAGGCCACUCCGUUGCAUUAAAACCCCGCCCCGUCCGUCCUAGCGGCCAUUAUAGCCAGGCCAAGCACACGCCACCACAGUCCACAGUGCGGGGAACGAAGCAAAGGAAAGAACCUGAGAACUCCUGGAGAACCCGAAGCGUGCUCCCAUCCAUGGCGUCCGACGCGGCCCGUCUCCUGUUGCUUCUCGCGGUGGCCGCCGCGCUCGCCGGCCGCUCAGAGGGGGGGUGGUGCGUGUGCCGCCCGGACCUGCCGGACGCGGCGCUGCAGAAGACGCUGGACUACGCGUGCGGCGGCGGCGCCGACUGCAAGCCCAUCCUGCAGAACGGCGCCUGCUUCAGCCCGGACACCGUCAAGGCGCACUGCUCCUACGCCGUCAACAGCUUCUACCAGCGCAGCGGCCAGAACCCCCAGGCCUGCGCCUUCUCCGGCACCGCCUUCCUCUCCAACAACGACCCAGGCUCCCCCGGCUGCCCGUACCCUUCGACCCCGAGCCCCCCUGGUGUGGACGGCCCGCCAACCGCGCAAGGUCCAAGCUCCUUCAAUGACACUAGCGGCGCCGGCAUCCUCCCAGUGACCGGAACUGUGAUACCGAUGGUGCUCCUGGCUUGCUCCUUGCUCGUGGCUCUGUGCUUCAGGCUGUGAUCAUACGACAAGGCACCCUCUCCCUUACCGUUUUGGGUGUCUUGGCACUUUUCUCCUAGUGGUCGCAGAAAGAAACUUAUGGAUGAUGGUGUUGCAUUCUGGUGAAGAAUUAGGGAGUGUGAGCGAGACCAUGAUUAUGGAUGUGCAUGCUGUUGCGGCCAUUUCCUUAAUCUUGCUCCUUCUGCUGUAUAUUUAGAUUCCAGUAGUAAUGUUGACCCGUGGACUUGGUGUUUAGUGGAAUGUUUAGGCCUGAUGUAGCAACUAUUGUUAUGACCUGAUGUUACAGUGUCCUUGAGUGUACCGUUGUGACCUGUUGCUACCAUGUCUUGUUGCUGGCUCUUGAGAGGCGGUUUGGUUUCUCAGAUCA